AUGGCCACGCCGCUGCUCCUCCCCUCCCGCGCAGCUCAUGCCGCCUCCGCCACCACCUGCGCUUCCCAGCACCUCACUGCUGCCACCUCCAAGGAGCCUCCGCCCCGCGCGCGGCCCAAGCACGGCGAGGGAGGGGCUCCCCGCCCCAUUCCCAGCUUCGGCUCCGGCUCCCGCUCCCGUCCCAAGUCCCUCGUCCUCUCCCACGUCGCGGCGGGCCGCAUGGACGAGGCCGCGGACGCCUUCGCGGGCGUCAGGAGCCCCGGCGCGUUCCUCCACAACAUCAUGAUCCGCGGGUUCGCGGACGCGGGCCUCCCGCUCGACGCGGUCGCGGCGUACCGCGCCAUGCUCGCCGCCGGCGCUCGCCCGGACCGCUUCACCUUCCCCGUUGUCGUUAAGUGCUGCGCGCGCGCCGGCGCGCUGGGCGAGGGCCGCGCCGCGCACGCGGCGGUGAUCAAGCUCGGCCUCGGCGCCGACGUGUACACCGCCAACUCGCUCGUCGCGCUGUACGCCAAGCUCGGCCUGGUCGGGGACGCCGAGCGGGUGUUCGACGGAAUGCCGGCGCGGGACAUCGUCUCGUGGAACACGAUGGUGGACGGGUACGUGUCCAACGGGAUGGGGGCGCUGGCGCUGGCGUGCUUCCGGGAGAUGAACGACGCGCUGCGGGUGGGGCAUGACAGCGUCGGGGUAAUCGCCGCCCUCGCCGCCUGCUGCCUGGAGUCGGUGCUGGCGCAGGGGCGGGAGAUACACAGCUAUGCCAUCAGACACGGGCUCGAGCAGGAUGUCAAGGUGGGAACUUCUCUUGUUGACAUGUACUGCAAAUGUGGCAAUGUUUUCUUUGCUGAGAAUGUCUUUGCAAAGAUGCCGUUGAGGACCGUGGUGACAUGGAAUUGUAUGAUAGGUGGCUAUGCGCUGAAUGAGCAGCCUGUGGAUGCGUUCGAUUGCUUCGUGCAAAUGAGAGCGGAGGGGUUCCAGGUGGAAGUGGUCACUGCUAUCAAUUUGCUUGCCGCCUGUGCUCAAACUGAAAGCUCACUGUACGGAAGGAGUGUUCAUGCUUAUGUGGUUCGGAGACAUUUUCUUCCUCACGUGGUGCUUGAGACUGCUCUUCUGGAGAUGUAUGGCAAGGUUGGCAAAGUGGAAUCAUCUGAAAAGAUAUUUGGUCAGAUUACAGAUAAAACUCUGGUAUCAUGGAAUAAUAUGAUUGCUGCUUACAUGUACAUGGAAAUGUACCAGGAAGCCAUCGCAUUGUUCCUGGAGCUACUGAAUCAACCUCUUUAUCCUGAUUAUUUCACCAUGACAACAGUAGUACCAGCAUUCGUCUUGCUACGUUCAAUAAGACAAUGCAGGCAAAUGCACAGCUACAUUGUCAAGUUAGGCUAUAGAGACAUCACUCUCAUUAUGAAUGCCGUUAUGCAUAUGUAUGCAAGGUGUGGCGAUAUUGUGGCCUCAAGGGAAAUCUUUGGCAAAAUGCCAGGCAAGGAUGUGAUCUCCUGGAAUACAAUCAUUAUAGGAUAUGCAAUUCACGGACAGGGAAAGACUGCAUUGGAAAUGUUCGAUGAGAUGAAGUGCAGUGGUAUGGAACCAAAUGAGAGUACCUUUGUUUCUGUGUUGACUGCUUGCAGUGUUUCAGGCCUGGAGGCUGAGGGCUGGAAGGAGUUCAAUUCAAUGCAACAGGAGUAUGGUAUGAUUCCACAGAUUGAGCACUACGGAUGCAUGACUGACCUUCUGGGCCGGGCAGGUGACCUCAGGGAGGUGCUGCGGUUUAUCGAAAACAUGCCAAUUGCUCCAACAUCCAGGAUUUGGGGUUCCUUGCUGACAGCGAGCAGAAAUAAGAAUGAUAUUGAUAUAGCAGAAUAUGCAGCAGAGAGGAUAUUCCAACUGGAACACAACAACACAGGCUGUUAUGUUGUUCUGUCUUCCAUGUAUGCUGAUGCUGGGAGAUGGGAGGAUGUGGAGAGGAUAAGAUCUCUGAUGAAGGAGAAGGGGAGCCGAAGGACAGAGGCAAGAAGUCUUGUCGAGCUUAAUGAUAAAGAGUGCAGUUUUGUCAAUGGGGACAUGUCUCACCCUCAGAGUGAGAAAAUUCAUGAAUUGUCUGAUAUCCUAUCAAGAAAUAUUGGAGAAGAUUUAGAUAGCCCAAGUAAUCUCCGCGAUUCAGAUCCUUUUGCAUCAGGGAAAACAGUACUUCCCAAUAAGCAUAGUGUAAGGCUGGCUGUUGCCUUUGGUCUGAUAUCAUCUGAGGCUGGGACCCCUGUUCUUGUCAAGAAGAAUGUGCGUGUAUGCAACCACUGCCAUCAUGCUCUGAAGUUGAUAUCAAAAUAUUCGGGACGGAAGAUUGUAGUUGGUGACACAAAGAUAUACCACAUAUUUUCAGAUGGCUCUUGUUGCUGUGGCGACUACUGGUGA